CUGAACUGGAAUUUGUUCAGAUCAUCAUAAUAAUGGUGCUGAUGACAGUGAUGGUGGUGGUGAUUAUCUGUCUGUUGAACCACUACAAGCUGUCUACCUGGUCCUUCAGAACCAGACAGAGCCCGGCCCGGAGGCGAGAACAACACCUACAGCAGGUCAGUACAGUGUGUGUAUAUAUACCCAGUCCUCCAGUCACCUCUCCUCUCUUCGUGCGUAAUUCACCAGACGCCCGUCUAGAUAGCUGCACUGCCCCUGUACACAGACACAGAGAGAACACACACACAUUGGAGCUGGUUCUUGUUCGUAACAUGUAUUAUUGAGUCAGGCAGACCAAUAUUUGAUAGCCAUUAAGUUAAUGGUUUCCUCCACAUGUUAAAUGUUCAGACUGUCUCUUUCUGUUAUCAGGAUGGGUGUCUUUGGCCGUCGGACAGCGGCUCUCGACAAGGUGCCUCCGAGGUAAAACCCCAGGCAGUGUGUGUGUGUGUGUGUGUGUGUGUGUGUGUGUGUGUGUGUGUGUGUGUGUGUGUGUGUGUGUGUGCAGUCCGAGGAGGGAGGCUUGGUGGUCACUGACAUCAGUCUCUCUGAUGUGAUGGGGACAUUACUGCCCAUUAGCCAUACACACAGUCCCCUGAGUCACUGACAUCAGUCUCUCUGAUCAUCAGUCUGAAAUAGAACGGGAUGAAAUGCCACUGAAUUGGAUGAACUCACUGGAGCCAAUCUGUUUAGUAAUGGAACCACUAUAUUGUUUCAUAUGGCUGUGGUAGGUAUUGAUGACUGUAUCUAACCCUGUCUGGUCUCUCUGUCCAGCUGCUGUCCUGAAUCAGGAGUCUAACUCUCUGUGUCUAGGUGCUGUACUGAAUCAGGAGUCUAACUCUCUGUGUCUAGGUGCUGUACUGAAUCAGGAGUCUAACUCUCUGUGUCUAGGUGCUGUACUGAAUCAGGAGUCUAACUCUCUGUGUCUAGGUGCUGUACUGAAUCAGGAGUCUAACUCUCUGUGUCUAGGUGCUGUACUGAAUCAGGAGUCUAACUCUCUGUGUCUAGGUGCUGUACUGAAUCAGGAGUCUAACUCUCUGUGUCUAGGUGCUGUCCUGAAUCAGGAGUCUAACUCUCUGUGUCUAGGUGCUGUCCUGAAUCAGGAGUCUAACUCUCUGUGUCUAGGUGCUGUACUGAAUCAGGAGUCUAACUCUCUGUGUCUAGGUGCUGUACUGAAUCAGGAGUCUAACUCUCUGUGUCUAGGUGCUGUACUGAAUCAGGAGUCUAACUCUCUGUGUCUAGGUGCUGUACUGAAUCAGGAGUCUAACUCUCUGUGUCAGGGUGCUGUACUGAAUCAGGAGUCUAACUCUCUGUGUCAGGGUGCUGUACUGAAUCAGGAGUCUAACUCUCUGUGUCUAGGUGCUGUACUGAAUCAGGAGUCUAACUCUCUGUGUCUAGGUGCUGUACUGAAUCAGGAGUCUAACUCUCUGUGUCUAGGUGCUGUACUGAAUCAGGAGUCUAACUCUCUGUGUCUAGGUGCUGUACUGAAUCAGGAGUCUAACUCUCUGUGUCAGGGUGCUGUACUGAAUCAGGAGUCUAACUCUCUGUGUCUAGGUGCUGUACUGAAUCAGGAGUCUAACUCUCUGUGUCAGGGUGCUGUACUGAAUCAGGAGUCUAACUCUCUGUGUCUAGGUGCUGUACUGAAUCAGGAGUCUAACUCUCUGUGUCAGGGUGCUGUACUGAAUCAGGAGUCUAACUCUCUGUGUCAGGGUGCUGUACUGAAUCAGGAGUCUAACUCUCUGUGUCAGGGUGCUGUACUGAAUCAGGAGUCUAACUCUCUGUGUCAGGGUGCUGUACUGAAUCAGGAGUCUAACUCUCUGUGUCAGGGUGCUGUACUGAAUCAGGAGUCUAACUCUCUGUGUCAGGGUGCUGUACUGAAUCAGGAGUCUAACUCUCUGUGUCAGGGUGCUGUACUGAAUCAGGAGUCUAACUCUCUGUGUCAGGGUGCUGUACUGAAUCAGGAGUCUAACUCUCUGUGUCAGGGUGCUGUACUGAAUCAGGAGUCUAACUCUCUGUGUCUAGGUGCUGUACUGAAUCAGGAGUCUAACUCUCUGUGUCUAGGUGCUGUACUGAAUCAGGAGUCUAACUCUCUGUGUCUAGGUGCUGUACUGAAUCAGGAGUCUAACUCUCUGUGUCUAGGUGCUGUACUGAAUCAGGAGUCUAACUCUCUGUGUCAGGGUGCUGUACUGAAUCAGGAGUCUAACUCUCUGUGUCUAGGUGCUGUACUGAAUCAGGAGUCUAACUCUCUGUGUCAGGGUGCUGUACUGAAUCAGGAGUCUAACUCUCUGUGUCUAGGUGCUGUACUGAAUCAGGAGUCUAACUCUCUGUGUCAGGGUGCUGUACUGAAUCAGGAGUCUAACUCUCUGUGUCUAGGUGCUGUACGUUCCCCAGGGUUAGGGUUCUGUAUGUAUCUAACCCUCUAUCUAUCUCUGUGUCUAGGUGCUGUAUGUUCCCCAGGGUUAGGGUUCUGUAUGUAUCUAACCCUCUAUCUAUCUCUGUGUCUAGGUGCUGUACGUUCCCCAGGGUCAGGGUUCUGUAUGUAUCUAACCCUCUAUCUAUCUCUGUGUCUAGGUGCUGUACGUUCCCCAGGGUUAGGGUUAGGGUUCUGUAUGUAUCUAACCCUCUAUCUAUCUCUGUGUCUAGGUGCUGUACGUUCCCCAGGGUUAGGGUUCUGUAUGUAUCUAACCCUCUAUCUAUCUCUGUGUCUAGGUGCUGUACGUUCCCCAGGGUUAGGGUUCUGUAUGUAUCUAACCCUCUAUCUAUCUCUGUGUCUAGGUGCUGUACGUUCCCCAGGGUUAGGGUUAGGGUUCUGUAUGUAUCUAACCCUCUAUCUAUCUCUGUGUCUAGGUGCUGUACGUUCCCCAGAGUUAGGGUUCUGUAUGUAUCUAACCCUCUAUCUAUCUCUGUGUCUAGGGGCUGUACGUUCCCCAGGGUUAGGGUUAGGGUUCUGUAUGUAUCUAACCCUCUAUCUAUCUCUGUGUCUAGGUGCUGUACGUUCCCCAGGGUUAGGGUUAGGGUUCUGUAUGUAUCUAACCCUCUAUCUAUCUCUGUGUCUAGGUGCUGUACGUUCCCCAGGGUUAGGGUUAGGGUUCUGUAUGUAUCUAACCCUCUAUCUAUCUCUGUGUCUAGGUGCUGUACGUUCCCCAGGGUUAGGGUUCUGUAUGUAUCUAACCCUCUAUCUAUCUCUGUGUCUAGGUGCUGUACGUUCCCCAGGGUUAGGGUUCUGUAUGUAUCUAACCCUCUAUCUAUCUCUGUGUCUAGGUGCUGUACGUUCCCCAGGGUUAGGGUUCUGUAUGUAUCUAACCCUCUAUCUAUCUCUGUGUCUAGGUGCUGUACGUUCCCCAGGGUUAGGGUUCUGUAUGUAUCUAACCCUCUAUCUAUCUCUGUGUCUAGGUGCUGUAUGUUCCCCAGGGUUAGGGUUAGGGUUCUGUAUGUAUCUAACCCUCUAUCUAUCUCUGUGUCUAGGUGCUGUACGUUCCCCAGGGUUAGGGUUAGGGUUCUGUAUGUAUCUAACCCUCUAUCUAUCUCUGUGUCUAGGUGCUGUACGUUCCCCAGGGUUAGGGUUCUGUAUGUAUCUAACCCUCUAUCUAUCUCUGUGUCUAGGUGCUGUACGUUCCCCAGGGUUAGGGUUCUGUAUGUAUCUAACCCUCUAUCUAUCUCUGUGUCUAGGUGCUGUACGUUCCCCAGGGUUAGGGUUAGGGUUCUGUAUGUAUCUAACCCUCUAUCUAUCUCUGUGUCUAGGUGCUGUACGUUCCCCAGGGUCAGGGUUCUGUAUGUAUCUAACCCUCUAUCUAUCUCUGUGUCUAGGUGCUGUACGUUCCCCAGGGUUAGGGUUCUGUAUGUAUUUUUAAUAUUUUUUAUUUAAUUUAAUUUAAUAUGCCAUUUAGCAGACGCUUUUAUCCAAAGCGACUUACAGUCAUGCGUGCAUACAUUUUUUUGUGUAUGGGUGGUCCCGGGGAUCGAACCCACUACCUUAGCGUUACAAGCGCCGUGCUCUACCAGCUGAGCUACAGAGGACCAUACAUCUCUGUGUCUAGGUGCUGUACGUUCCCCAGGGUUAGGGUUCUGUAUGUAUCUAACCCUCUAUCUAUCUCUGUGUCUAGGUGCUGUACGUUCCCCAGGGUUAGGGUUAGGGUUCUGUAUGUAUCUAACCCUCUAUCUAUCUCUGUGUCUAGGUGCUGUACGUUCCCCAGGGUUAGGGUUCUGUAUGUAUCUAACCCUCUAUCUAUCUCUGUGUCUAGGUGCUGUACGUUCCCCAGGGUUAGGGUUCUGUAUGUAUCUAACCCUCUAUCUAUCUCUGUGUCUAGGUGCUGUACGUUCCCCAGGGUUAGGGUUAGGGUUCUGUAUGUAUCUAACCCUCUAUCUAUCUCUGUGUCUAGGUGCUGUACGUUCCCCAGGGUUAGGGUUCUGUAUGUAUCUAACCCUCUAUCUAUCUCUGUGUCUAGGGGCUGUAUGUUCCCCAGGGUUAGGGUUAGGGUUCUGUAUGUAUCUAACCCUCUAUCUAUCUCUGUGUCUAGGUGCUGUACGUUCCCCAGGGUUAGGGUUCUGUAUGUAUCUAACCCUCUAUCUAUCUCUGUGUCUAGGUGCUGUACGUUCCCCAGGGUUAGGGUUAGGGUUCUGUAUGUAUCUAACCCUCUAUCUAUCGCUGUGUCUAGGUGCUGUACGUUCCCCAGGGUUAGGGUUCUGUAUGUAUCUAACCCUCUAUCUAUCUCUGUGUCUAGGUGCUGUACGUUCCCCAGGGUUAGGGUUCUGUAUGUAUCUAACCCUCUAUCUAUCUCUGUGUCUAGGUGCUGUACGUUCCCCAGGGUUAGGGUUCUGUAUGUAUCUAACCCUCUAUCUAUCUCUGUGUCUAGGUGCUGUACGUUCCCCAGGGUUAGGGUUCUGUAUGUAUCUAACCCUCUAUCUAUCUCUGUGUCUAGGUGCUGUACGUUCCCCAGGGUUAGGGUUAGGGUUCUGUAUGUAUCUAACCCUCUAUCUAUCUCUGUGUCUAGGUGCUGUACGUUCCCCAGGGUUAGGGUUAGGGUUCUGUAUGUAUCUAACCCUCUAUCUAUCUCUGUGUCUAGGUGCUGUACGUUCCCCAGGGUUAGGGUUCUGUAUGUAUCUAACCCUCUAUCUAUCUCUGUGUCUAGGUGCUGUACGUUCCCCAGGGUUAGGGUUCUGUAUGUAUCUAACCCUCUAUCUAUCUCUGUGUCUAGGUGCUGUACGUUCCCCAGGCCAGGGAGAGGUUCACAGCCCCCUCCUUUAUGUACCGGGAGCGUUUCAGUCGCUUCCAGCCCACCUACCCCUACCUGCCCCACGACAUCCUCCUUCCCCCCUCCAUCUCCCUGUCUGACGGAGAGGAGCCGCCGCCCUACCAGGGUCCAUGUGCCUUACAGCUGAGAGACCCAGAGCAGCAGAUGGAGUUAAACAGAGAGUCGGUCAGAGCCCCCCCCAACAGAACCAUCUUCCACAGUGACCUGAUAGACAUGCGCAGUGGAAGGGGGGGGGGGCCGAGACCACCCAGCAGUAACUCUGGUAUCAGCGUGGCCAAUAGCAGCAGCCACGGACGCAUGGAGGGCCCGCCUCCGCCAUAUUCCGAGGUGAUUGGUCAGCACUACCCUGGCUCCGCCUUAUUUCACCACCCGCACAGCAAUAACCCACAUGGGACCUGGACGGGGGGUGGGACCAGCCAGCAGGGCCAAUCAGAAAGCACAAUACCUGCCAAGGCCAGGGAGGGGGAGGAGCUG